AUGGGUCAGCCAGUAGCCAAGCACCCAGAAACUGGCGAGCCAUACUUUGCACGCACCACACGAACCUCGUUUCCUAGGGAGACUUUAUACGGGCGUUUACAAAGUCAAAUUUUGCUCGCUUUGAUUGGGAAAUUGGAUACAUGGAGGCCGAGACUGCUUGCUGCCUACCAGUCGAUUGAGGGUUAUGAUAUUAGUCCCCAGUUCCUGGGCCAUCUCACUGAAGAUGGUCGUGUUAUUGGUUCCUGA